GGCCAAUUUCGUACAGUCCUUUCGUUGAUUUGACAAGAUUAAUUUAGGGUACUUUCUAUCUUUGCUAAGAAAAAAUGAUACUGGUACCAGUAUUCAUUUUAUCUUGCACACUAAUAUCAUCGUCGCUAAGUCAACAGUUCCAAGAUGUGAUCGAUAACUUCGACUUGGAAUAUCACACGGAUAUCCAGACUGGCGGUGGAGGGGGUGGUUCUUCUGGAGGCGGUGGUCAAGGGGGCUCAGCAGGGGGCAAAAAGCAGGGCCUCAGUGUUGGCAGCAGCUUGAGAUCCAUCGCAGAAGGAUCCUCGAACACUGCCAAGGAUGCCGUUAACAAUCAGGAUGCCGCUGGAUACCAGGCAGCUUACGUGGCUAAAAACACUCUGGCCCAAUCAGCAGCUGGAGCAUCAGCCACAGCCCAGGCUGCAUUAGCAGGGAAACAAAUUAUCCUUCAAGGACUUGAACAACAAUUUAGAGAUGCCCAACAAGCCUUAAUGGGAGAACAACAACAGCUGAUGCAAGCCCAAAGGGCAGCCGAUUCCACGGCGCGCGCAGCUCAGGAAGCUAGAGCCCACGUCAACGUGUUGCAACAGACACUCAAUGCGGCUCAAGCGGCUUCAGAUCACGUUACGCAGGCCUCCUCCGAAGCAGCUGGUGAAUUAGCAGCGCAGCAAGCCAUGGUAGGUGCAGCUAUGCAAAGGUUGGAUCAGAUCGGGGCCCAGCUGAAGAGCGUGCGCAUUGACUUUCAAGCAACGCAGUCGGCAGCGCAGAAGGCCCAAGCCGCUGCGCAGAUCGCCGCUGCCAAUGCCGCAUCGGCUGCCGCCAAAGCCGCAGCUGGGUUGGCCAAAGCUGCACAGCUUCCGCCGCCCCCUCCACCGCCGGAGCUGCCCAAGGACGACGGGGGCAAUGGGGGAGGGGGCGACAGCGCCGGGGGCAAAUCUGGCGGGCACGGAGGUAAAGGAAAAGCAAAUGCUAAAUACGAACGCGAUUUUUACAAACCCUAUGAUUACGAACGAUAAGAUUCACUUAGUAAAUUUAUUGUUUUUAUACGUUUUGUUUAAAUAAAUUCCCACAAAAAUUAACACGCUUUUUUAAUAUCGAUCAAUUAACGAACCCGCUCCACAAUUUCUAAUAUUAAUUUGGUAAUGGCUUAUUAAUUAACCUAUGAAUAACAAACUAACCGAGUUGGAUAACCAUUGUUGGAUAAUUCUGGUUUUAUCGUCUAGGACUGCUCCGAACCGUGCCCCUGCUGGGAGACAUAGUAGAAUUCUUCAGGCCAUUAG